AUAGAGAGUUUCUAGUUCCUAUCCAGAUUCUACAAAUAUAUGAUCCCAAAAUGAAUUAUGAGGGUGGUUCCAAGACGUUAAAUCAUUAUUUACAUGAUUUCGAUGAGUUAUUAUCCCGUAUGAUCCUCGAUGAAAAUGAGAAUUCUUUUAGGAUAUGCUAUGGAAUUUUUAUUGUCAAUGACAAAGUUCAUAUCCCUGAAUGGUAUCCUAGUACCAUGAAUGUUGUUAUGGGUAAACAAACCCAAUUCUAUGGUAAUGGAGAAACUAUACUCAACAAGACUGACAGAGCAAUGAUAGCAGCACAUACAGAUACCGUUGAAACUAUUUUUAAAAAUUUAAGUAAUGAAACCUGGAUGAAUGAAAAGGAAAGAUUAACUAAGAUGGUAUUGGAUAUCAUCGGAGAGACAAGGAUAUGCACAGCAAUCACAGAGUCAGAUAGGAAAGAAUCAAGAUAUGAAA